UUCUGUGCUUGUGUUCAUUACUCUGUGGCACACUGCCCAGAAGAUUAAAUUCUUUCUGAAAUUGACAUUUGCGGGAUACGCGUGUUUUAAAAGAUUAUUUUAAAAUGCAAAACGACGCUGGUGAAUUCGUUGACCUGUAUUGCCCGAGAAAAUGCUCGGCGAGCAACAGACUCAUCCACGCUAAGGACCACGCGUCCGUGCAACUGGUGAUAGCGGACGUGGACCCUGCCACCGGGCGCGCCGCAGACUCCUCCAAGAUGUACGUGGUGUGUGGCGCUAUCCGCCGCAUGGGCGAGUCCGACGACUGCAUCGUGCGGCUCACCAAGAAGGACGGCAUUCUGGCGAAAAACUACUGACGUCAACGUAUUGUUAAGCUCUUAAUGUUAAUCAAUAAAUAAUUUACAAACAAA